CUGAGCAAUGAGACCGUGUGCUAAAAUCUCUGUGUUUUUCUGCUCAUCGGGAUUGUAGAUAAACAUUGAAAGCGAAAAUGAGCAUCGUCUCGUAACUGGACCAGACAAUGGAAGUAGCUCCAUGCAGCAGUAACAAUUCACCUCUGGGAAACGAGUACGUACUGGACAAGACUACCUGCAGAAGCGGAUCGGUCACAGGAAGCUACAACUAAAACGUGUGGCUCCGAAGCGACACAUUUUCCCAUUGGAAUGCAUGUCAGAAGAGGCGCGGAGGAAAAGAGAAGACGCGUGCGUAUGUAUUCCCUAUGACUUUGGCGGCAUUCCGACGGUGUGAGGAGAUCGUGCAUAUAGUUUCAUUUUUCUCAAACCACUCUCGCGUAUCGCCAAAUGUGUGCCGGGAUGGAUCUCGUUUGAAUAUCUGACGCUGCUAUGGAUCGCACUGGAUGAACAGCCGUAAUUUAUUUCAUCGAGUUCAUUCAGAGCACCUGAAAUUCCGCAGCCCGCUCGAGUCUCUGUCCGCGGUCCUGAACCGGAGCUGCGCUUCACCUCAACAGCCUCUGUCGGGGAACAUGAUCAGCUGUAUGACCUGUACGGCCUUUUGGGGAAUCUGAAACAAGCAAAGGACGAAUCGUUUACCUCACAAGUGACAGAAGAAGGAAUUGUAGGGCGCGCUGAGCUGUAGCUAACUACAUCCACUCAUCUCAAACCCGACACGAUGUUCGCACUCGGGAUUUAUUUGUGGGAAACUAUUGUGUUUUUCAGCUUGGCAGCAUCCCAACAGGCAGCAGCACGGAAAGCUGCCUCUCCCAUGCCCCCGUCAGAAUUCCUGGACAAGCUGAUGGGAAAAGUGUCUGGUUAUGAUGCAAGAAUCAGACCUAAUUUUAAAGGUCCACCUGUCAACGUAACAUGCAACAUUUUUAUUAACAGUUUUGGAUCCAUUGCUGAAACAACAAUGGAUUACAGAGUGAACAUUUUCCUGAGACAGCAGUGGAAUGACCCUCGGCUGGCCUACAGCGAAUAUCCCGAUGACUCCCUUGACCUUGAUCCCUCUAUGUUGGACUCCAUUUGGAAACCGGAUCUGUUCUUUGCCAAUGAAAAGGGCGCCAAUUUCCACGAGGUCACCACUGACAACAAGCUUUUGAGGAUUUCAAAAAAUGGGAAUGUCUUGUACAGUAUAAGAAUAACACUGAUUCUGGCCUGCCCCAUGGACCUGAAGAAUUUCCCUAUGGAUGUGCAGACCUGUAUAAUGCAGUUGGAGAGUUUCGGCUACACGAUGAACGAUCUCAUAUUCGAGUGGGAUGAAAAGGGAGCUGUGCAGGUAGCAGAUGGACUGACAUUACCUCAGUUUAUCAUGAAAGAAGAGAAGGAUCUCCGUUACUGUACCAAGCACUAUAACACAGGGAAGUUCACCUGCAUAGAGGCUCGUUUCCACCUGGAGAGACAGAUGGGUUAUUAUCUGAUCCAGAUGUACAUUCCCAGCCUCCUGAUCGUCAUUUUGUCUUGGGUGUCAUUCUGGAUCAACAUGGAUGCCGCCCCUGCUCGCGUUGGCUUGGGCAUCACUACUGUGCUGACCAUGACCACCCAGAGUUCAGGUUCUAGAGCUUCUCUUCCAAAGGUGUCCUAUGUGAAAGCCAUUGACAUUUGGAUGGCUGUGUGCCUACUCUUCGUCUUCUCUGCCCUGCUGGAGUACGCCGCUGUCAACUUUAUCGCACGCCAACACAAGGAGCUCCUGCGCUUCCAGAGAAGAAGAAGACAUCUUAAGGAGGACGAGGCGGGAGACGGGCGAUUCAGCUUCGCCGCCUACGGCAUGGGCCCGGCGUGCCUGCAGGCCAAAGAUGGCAUGGCCAUUAAGGGGAACAACAAUAACGCGCCCACCUCCGCCAACCCCCCUGAGAAGACCGUGGAGGAGAUGCGCAAGCUCUUCAUCGGCCGCGCCAAACGGAUCGACACAGUGUCGCGCGUGGCCUUUCCGCUGGUCUUCCUCAUUUUUAACAUUUUCUACUGGAUCAUUUACAAGAUCAUACGCAGCGAGGAUGUUCACAAGCAGUAAAAAGCGAUCCGAAUAUACCCGCCUCCACGCUCCUCCCUCAUCUUCCUGCGCCCGCCUUUAUCUCACAACAGUGCUCACAUGCUUCUGGUGAAGAUGAGCCCUCCGGCAGAGGUAUUUAUGAAUAUUUUUUCGUCUCUUUCUCUCCUGCCCUCCCGAAUAAUCCGGACCUGUGCAAUAGCAAUGCAGUAAAAUGCAUGAUAUAUGAAUGUGGCAAUAUAUUUACAAAAAAAAUGAAAAUGACUGAAGUAAACAUUAAACUUUUUCACAUCUACGAACUUCUGAACCGAUGACUGGGAAUCCAAGAGAAGAUGCUCUUGUAAAACGUUUUUUUUUUUUGCAACUUGAAGACGUACUGCAUUGCGAGAAUAACGGAGAACCGAUGUGUAAUAUACGUAUAUUUAAAUUAUAAUACUUCCAUGAGAAAGCCUUUGAAACUUAAAUGUAUUUUGAGAUCGCGGGGCAGUUUGGGGCUUCCACGAAUACGCAGUGAACAUGCCGUGGGUCCCGUAGACCCACAUUCGCUUUGAUAUGUGUAUUUACAAGCACUUGUCGGAACUGUCCCCUGAUGUGUAAGUCUGAUAUUAAUAACUAAUGAAAUCUUGAUGGGUGCCGGUCAAAACAAUUAUUUAUUCAAGCUGUGGUUAAUGUGUUCCUCUAACUGUACUCAUAGAUUUGUCUAUUUUUAUUUCAAUUUUAGAUUAUCUUCUCUGUUCAUGCACCAAACUUCAUGUUGCUGUAAUACAUCUUACUUCCAGGUUGACCAAAAACAGACUAUACUUGGUUGCUUCUUAUUUUUCAUCUGUUCAUAUUUUCGAAGGAUUCUGAAAUAGUAAAAGCUAAAACAACUUUGCAAGGGGGUGUGAGGGGAAACAAUAUAGCCUUUAUAUGCUAUAUGCGUCAGAAAAGAUACAGCGGGAUCUUUCAUAACUCACAUUUCAUACAUGUUCUUAACAGCUGAUAGUAUUAUUUUUAUAAGCUUGAUAAAUAAGCAGUACAGUCAGUGCCAUGAUAAAACCAACUAUAUUUCCAACCAAAUGUAUAUUACGUGAUUUUUUCAAACUAUGUUUAUAAAUGCAUAGACAGUACUAUGUUGUGCAGCAUAGUUAUUAAGUGCACAAGGGUUUAGUUUCUGAAAUUAAGAACGCAUUUUCAUCCGGCUUCUCUAUGCAAUAAUCAUAUAUGCAAAUUAUUUUAAGUGUUUAUCAUGUUUAAUAUGGACUUUUUAUUCUGAGGGCCCAUAAAGACACUACUGUAUGUUUAAAUCGUCUCUCUUCUACAGUAGUCAUCCUCGAUCAUUGCUAUAAAAAAAGCAUUGGAAAAUCUUGUCUAUGCAUGGCAAGGCUUUUUUGUGCUACAGAUGAUAUCGAUGUCAAUUUUCACUUUUGUAACGUUUCGUUCUGACGGCUGAUUUGAAGACAUCCACCACCGACUGAAAACGUGUACAUGGUGUCAAGUGCUCAACAGGCUGUGUGAUAGAUGAUAGAUGCUUUCUGUAGGAUAUGCAAGUUCGUAUCAUGUGUAACAUCUUUUAACCGCUUGUUUUUCAAACCAAAGAGUGGUUGAGUUUUGAAUACUUCAUUUUAUAACAAAUAUGCUUUUGUCAUUUCAUUUCUUGUAUCGCCUUAAUGUGAUUUGGUUGUUGAAACAUUAGUUUUGCUCAUUUGUAAACUCUGGUUUAAAACUGUGCAGUUUUUUUAUGUGUAUUUAAGAUUUACAAAAUGGAAAAAAAUGUCCCUUUAUAAUUAAAUAUGUAGGAUAGUCAUGACGGGGCAAAACAAUACCAAAAAAUAUGACAAUAGGUCAAAUUUAUGGUAUACGAAUGUUUUGGUCUUGUGAAAUAUGUGAGAUCUUUACAAAUGUUAACACACGUUUUGCCAGAAGUGAAAAUAAAUAGUUGGGUAGUCAACAAAUAAACCGCACUAUGGUGUCCUAUGGUGUGUCCAUAUUUUGUGAUUUUUAUUGCCAUUAUCAUGUACCCUUUAUGUUUGUUACUGGGUUGUGCAAAUAUCAAACCAAUAAAAAGUAUUAAAAAGUGCUUGUCAACUCUGACAACAGAGUACGUAAUAAUUUAUCCAGAUUCAUGAAAAACAGCACAUUUGGAGAUACGAGUUUAUGCUAUUUUGUUUAUAAAUAUAAAUAACAUAAAAUAAUAGUGUUUUUAACGUUUUUGCUCUCACACCAUAAAACAGAUGGUACGGUUUAUUUGUCAAGUACCCAUAUUAUAUUUUCACAUAUUUAUUUAUUUAAAUGAUAUGGCAUCAUGAUAUUAUGUUCAAUUUAAAGGGCUAUUUUUAAUGAAUCCUCUCUUGUAUCAAUACGCUUGUGAUAUAUGUGUUCGUAAAACUGGUUUACCCCUCAGCUCCAUUAAAACACUGGAUCUCAGAAUUGUAUUUAGGAUUCCAUUAAGCUGAAACAAAACUUGAAUUCAGUAAUUGGGAAAUGUAAGCUGAAACAUUGCAAUUCAACAGCAGCACAAUGUAGCAAAGUUGCAAAUCACAUAUCAUUUGAACGUUCACAAACAUGAAUUGUGUUGACAGGAGCGUUUUCAUGUGGAUCUUUAACUUAAUUCUAGAUUAAUCAUGAUGGGUUCACAGUCACCAAACUAGUCCAAAACUGGUUUACGCUCCAUCCCCGAGACUGAUAGAGGCAUACAAUGUAUAAUAUACAUCAUUGUGAUAAAUGAUCGAGGAACUUUUUAUGUGGUCAUUGGAGAUGCAGGGACUGAAAUGGGACAAUUCAAAUAUGUAGACAAAAAUACAUUUAAAGAAGAUUUGUAGAAGUAUUGUUCAGCUUAAUGUUGCUGUUGAUGACGGAUUUCUUUAUCGACAAACCCCGCUUAAGGCUAUUUCUGCUGGACUGUUCUCUGUGUAAAUGACAGCAGUCGUGCCCUCACACAGCCAACACGCUAAACGCAAUAUAAAAGACAAGAACAUCGAAGAUUAAUCCUGCCGCAGGAAUCUAAGGGCAGUGUGAUGGGAAAUAUGUUCUAUAUGCAAACAGGUUUGUUCUUUGGCUUAAUAAUCAUGCAAAUAUCAAUUUAAUGUCCAUAUGAUUUCAGGCGAUCUAAAUUAUCAAGGCAUGAUAUCGUUUCCGUCUUCAGCGUUUCUUUUUUCUUUUGAUCCUUGUUUUAAAUAAUGACACCCUGCAUAACCCUGCAUUGCAAUUGCCCAAGAAACGGUGAUCUCAGAAUGACAGCGGGCAUGGUGAACGGAUGUAACCAAUGUAUGCAAACUGUGGGUAAAGUUUUUAUAAUUUUUGCACAAGUUGGUAUGGCCUUAAUUUUAUUGAUUGAUUUGCUUAAAUUGUGUAUUGGCACAAAGUGCAUCUCUUCAUAUGCUUAUUGACAUAAUCCGAGUGCACUUCCAAUGGGUGAAAAAUAAACAGCAGAUCCUUAUUUUUAUGUUACAAUACUAAAACAUGGAAUUUUGCAUGAAUAGAAAUAAAAUGGCAGAUAUUUUUUGGCUUGUACAGAAAUGUGAGCAAUUUGAAGAAAAAAAGGAAUGUACCAUUUCUGCUGUAUCUGUAUAUAACACAAUAUUUAUUGAAAUAUGUCUUAAUGCUAAAUCUAAUUCUACUAUUAAAGGUUUUCUGAACUAAAAUAACUGAACUGUUUGUGAGAGUUGUGAAUUGUGUGAGGGCUGAACCUUUACUCUCUCAACAGUUACUGUGACUUGAUCAAUGAUGUGAUACAUGUUUAUCUGAAGAUAUAUUUAUUUAGCAGUUCAUGGUAUGACCUAAUGAUAAUGACUAUUUCAGUUUCUGAGUUCAUUUUAUAUUUUUAAGGGAAGGAUCUUGAGGUUGUGUUGCUUUAAUGAAAACAAUCUCAUGAAUGAAAAGAUCAUUUUAUUAUAAGGAG